AUGAACAGUGUGAGAGAACUCUUGGCUGCCUCUGUAAUUGCUGUCCAGAAUUCCUGCUUCGUCUAUCCUGCCUGUCAGAAAUGCUUUUCUAGGCUGAUACUGGAUUCUAGGAGGUUUAACUGUCUAAAAUGCGGCUGCACAGGUGAAGCUAAAGAUGCAAGCUACAGAUACAGAUUGUCCCUAAAGAUUGCUGACACUCAUGAUUUGUUUGGCAUCACUGUGUUCGGAAGCUGCUUAGAUCCAUUCUUUGGGGUCACUGCAGAAGAUCUGCAGAGGUAUAUUCAAGACUUCAAUCAGCUGUCAGGAGAAACAAACACAGAUGCAUCUCCAGGAGUGUUAGUUCAAGCAGUGGAAACCUGUUUCAUUGGAAAAAGAUUUAUAUUUGGAGUGAAGAGUUGUGCAAGAGAAGAUGGAGGGUGUUCUGCUGCCAGCAGCAUCUUGCAAAACUGUUCCAGAAUUAAUAGGAGUACAAAAAACCUUACAGCUUGCCAGAUCUUCCUGCCAAACGCUGCUGUUACUGGCUUUACUGUUAUCAGCUACUUCCAUCGGCUCCUGCAAUCAGCAAAAUUCAGGAGCUGCAAUAACAGCUCAUACUUCCCUGAUGCAUCUUCAGCUUCAAUAGAUGAACCUGUCAGUGAGCUCAGCAGCUUGUCUGGCCUGAGCAGAAACUCCUGGUUUGAUCAGUCUAGUGGCAGAGAAAGUUUUUUCGGGUCCUGGCAGCAGUCCUUCAGCCUGACUUCAUCUGUUGCUUGGGUAACAGCGGAAGACUUUCCCACUCUGGAAGCAGGAAAGCUGGUGAGUGAACAGCCUGAAAAAGAAGAGAGGCUUGUUCUGCAGAGGCUUCUCUCUGCAGAAUCAUGCAGCGUAAGCCACAACAAUCAAACUCUUUGGCAUUCACAGUUUUGUAGCUUUUCUGUGAAGGAAAGGGAUAAAGAGGAGGAUAAUGAAUUGUGUUCACAGCCUAGUCAGACUGACAGUAUCUCUGCAACGGAUGAAUUAGAGAGAGUAUCCUCUUCAAAGACUGAGUGUUCACAUGGAAACAGUUCCAGGUUGUUACAACAUCCUUUGGAAUUUGGAGUAAAAAGCGUUUACCCAAAGACUAGUAAUAGCAAUUAUUCUUACCUAGAAAAAUCCCACAACUCCCUUUUUUAUGAGAGAGAUGCCUCAGCUUCUAAUCACGUAAGUGUAGCUGGAGCAUCUCAGACAGACUCUGUGCUUUGGGAUGAGCUCCCAUUCUCAGAAAGCCUAAAUGAAUUUUUAGCCAGAAUAGAAGAUGGCAAGAGUGUUGUAACAUCACCCAGCCUUGAUUCAGGCAAACAAACCCUUCCUGAAGGUAGCAAUUUGGUUGUACAUCCUGGCAGGUCACAUCCCAGGCGAACCCUAGUAACUGGUGGUUUGCCUGAAGCGAGUGUCUCGGGGAGGUUCUUGCCUCCAGCAGAGAAUGAUAGUUGGGAGAACAUAUUGUUUGCUUGUCUUCAGUCGAAUGCAAAUCCUCCAAGGGAUGAGGUGUCACAAUGUGAGUCUUCCUCUAGUGUUUUAUCUUCAGCUGACAAGGAAUCUGGAGCAUCUUGCUUUAUACCUAACCCUCAUCUACCUAUUCUGUCACAGUCCUUGCCAGUUACAUCAGAGUCUUCUGUUUCUGAGAGCAGAUAUGUGCAGUCCAGAGAAGCAAAUACUGACAUUUCAAAGUCAGCUUUUAUGAGUCUCUGCUGUGCUGCUGAACAUGGAGAAACCUCCUGUUUAAAAAGGAGCAAGGCAGCUACCUGUGUGCGUUCUGCACAUGGUAGCUGUUCAGCUGGUUGUGAAAAUAAAGAAAACUAUUGUUCUACACCAAGCCAAAGAACAGAUCUCACGUUCACAGGGACAUGGGGCUCUGAUCCAGCAACUCCCAACAAUGCAAGGCAGAUACAUAAAAGAGAAUUAAAACCAUUGACAGAACUGUCAGAAAAUACCUUCAGAAGCAUUAAUAAGAGAGAGAUGCUGUGGAACAAGAGCUUCCCUGAAGGCAGCUACAAUGCUUCUGCUGAUCUCUUUGAUGCAAGUGCAAGAGAGGUGGCAAAACCCGUAGAAUUCUUAAAUAAAUCGUGUAAUUCUUUAGUACAGGAAGAUGCUUCGACAGAAAAGGUCACAGUCCCUGAAUUGGUGCUUUAUCCUGGAGAUGUCCCCUGUAACAGUUCAAAACCAAGCUCGUCCCUGCGUGGGUCCCCUCCUGCUCUUAGUAAGCACAGUACACCAGUAACUUACUCCUUUUGGGAUUCAGAAUGCCAUUCAGUUAGCGCUCAGGACUUUGUUCCUUAUUCACAGUCAACUCCUAUGACAAAACCUCUCCAGAAGCGUUGGCCUGUUGGGGAAGGAAGCUCUUCUGUCACUGUGUUCACCCCUAAAAAUCCUGCUAAAAUCCAUUCCAAAGGCAAGCGAUCUAGGUCUUCCUUUCAGAACACUCUGUUGCAGCAGCUUUCUGGCAGGUUAGUGAAACGGGAAAGGCCAAGUAACAGGGAAGACAAAGAAAGUAACAACGCUGUUUCAUUCCUGAAGAGCCAGCUGCCUGCCACCUUUGAGGAGUGGAUCCCUCCAUCUGCAAGCAAAAGGUUGAAGCCAACUGCAUCUUUAACCUUAAAAACGCUUAGCUGGGCUCCUGACCCAUCGGCCUGUGGGCACGCUGGCAGGAACCCUAUUUCUGAAAGCAGAGAGAACAGUGAAAAUGAUGGAUGCUUCAGAAAUGAACGAUUAAACCCUGGGAAUACAGCCAGGAUACGGACAACUCCUGUAUCUGCAGGUGUCACGAAGGCCUUGUUUUUAAAUGAUAUAGUCCUGGAAACUUGUUCCCCUUCAGAAGGCAAGAAUCUCCUCCCAGGUGCAAAUUAUUCAGGGGGUAUAUUGGAAGGGGCAGCUGGUUGGUCUCCCGAGUUGUUCUUCCAAGCACGGAGACCUUUUUCUAAUAAGCUGAAAUACUAA